AUGUCGAUAACCACCAACUUACGAAGCCAUCGAUUUCUGUACAGGUACUCUGGUCCCCUUCUAAACGACUUCUCCGUGAUGUUAACUCUUCGAUCGAAUAUGCUGCACAAUAUUCGUUCUAGGAUUAUCAGUCGAAAAUAUAGCCUUUCAAAGAUAUUUCGCACAUUUUCGAAAAUGCUUGCUAAGAUGGAUAGUUCUGAGGUUCCAAGUUUCACUUCCCGUUCUGACAGGUGGUGGGAUAGAGGCGGUGAUUUUCGGGCUCUGCAUGCAAUGAAUCCCAUUCGGUUAGGAAUGAUUAAUUAUUUGUUCAAGGAUGAAUCUCCCAAGCCUUGGUAUCCACUCUACGGGCGUCAAAUUAUGGAUAUUGGUUGUGGCGGUGGUAUUUUAUCAGAGCCACUCGCUCGCCUUGGAGCGGAGGUGCUAGGCAUAGAUACGCUGCCGGAGGCCAUAGAUGCUGCAAAAGACCAUCUGAUUAAAGUAAACCCUGACCAAUGGAAGGAAGCACCCUUUGGUGCACCGGAAUAUCGAAAAAUGAGCACGUUGGAAGCCGCUGCUCAAUUUUCUGAAGGAUUUGAUGCUGUCGUCGCCUCCGAAGUUUUGGAACACGUCUCCGACUGGAAACAACUUGUUAGCGAUGCUUCUAGUUGUUUGAAGCCUGGAGGCCACUUUAUUGUAACUACGAUAAACAGAACGCUGCCGUCCUAUUGGUUGGGCAUCAUAAUUGCAGAAAACAUCAUUAAAAUAACGCCUAAGGGGAUGCACACUUGGAGCAAAUUCGUUGAGCCUUCAGAAUUGAGUCUUGUUGCAAUCAGAAACAACCUCCAGCCUAGAAAAGUGCUCGGGAUGACCUACUGUCCCUUAUCGAAUGAAUGGAGUUGGACAGAAUCACAGUCCAUAAACUACGCUUUCCAUGCCGUUAAAGUUGUACCUGGAAACUCCUAA